AUGCCAUCCGCAAGCAGCUUCAGCAAAAUACCCACAUUAGACCUCUCCCUCGCCCAAGACCCCGCAACAGAGGCCCGCGUACUCAAUCAGCUGCGCCACGCCCUCACCAACGUCGGGUUUCUCUACAUUGUCAAUCACGGCGUGCCCGAAAAGACCAUUUCCAACAUCGUCGAUGCCCUGCCAAAGCUUUUUGCGCUUCCACCAGAGGCAAAAGCCGAGAUUGCACUGAUCGAUUCCCCGCACUUCCUGGGAUACAGCGGCGAUGGCUCGGAGACGACGGCAGGGAAGAGCGAUCGUAGAGAACAAGUCGAGUUCGCUACCGAGUUACCAAGUGGCUGGCUAGAGGGUCUCCCGCUGAGAGAACGACUCCGCGGUCCAAACCAGUGGCCUUCUUCAUACCCGGCGUUACGCCCCAUUGUCGAAUCGUACAUUUCAGAAAUGACUCUUUUGGGAAACCGCUUCCUCGUCCUGGUCGCAAAGGCUCUGUCUCUUCCCUCGGAUACCUUUCUCCCUUUCCUCUCCGACCAGCACCGUCUCAAGCUGGUUCACUACCCAGGCCUCCCGGAAGGCGAAGCAGCAGGCCACCAAGGCGUCGGUCCGCACAAGGACUCCUCCGGAUGGUGGACGUUUCUCCUCCAGGCCUCGCCGCCGCACAUCAAGGGCUUACAAGCUCUGAACAAGAACGGCGAAUGGAUCGACGUGCCCGUGUUGCCGGGUUCGUUCGUCGUCAACAUUGGCCAGGCGUUCGAGAUGGUCACGAACGGGGUGUGCAAAGCCACGACGCACCGCGUGCUCUCUGGGUCCCUCGAGAGGUUUAGCGUGCCGUUUUUCCAGGGCGUCCGGCGCGAUCUGACCAAAGAGGAGGCGGUUGGGUCGCUGAGGGAGCAUUUUGCCCAGCCUGCGAUGCGGGGGUUGGCGUACGAGUCGGAGGAAGGGAGGGAGAUUGAUUCGGCGUUUUUGAAGGGCAAGUAUGAUACGUGGGGUGAAAGCCAGCUGAGGACAAAGAUUCGAAGUCAUAGGGAUGUCGGGAGGAAGUUUUACUCGGAUGUCUUUGACCAGUAUGUUAAUGACGAUUAA